UCCCCGGCGGGAGGGACAGCCAGGAUUGGGUGCCCGAGGCGGCGCGCGCUGAGGGAAAGGGCCAGGGACAGGCGCCCGCGCGGCAGAGGUUGGAAUCUUGAGGUUCUGACCUUGCCACGCUGUUAUAUACCAAGACAUCAAUACAGCAACCAUGCCAAUUCUGAGAAGCAGCCUCGUGUCUUCAAAUAGUAGUGGUAGUGAUAUUUCAGUUAUCCCUAUAAUGACUUUUUCAAAUGAAACAGUAUCUUCACAAAAGAGUUCAACAAGUCUAGCUGAGAAGAAUGGCUAUCAGGACUCUGUUUACCUAAAUGCUGCCAACAUUUUUCAAGGCAUUCAUAAUGAAAAACCUCAAGAUAAAAUAUUGGUCAAGUAUGGGAAUGGGCCAUUGCCACCUCUUCCAGAUUUCAAAGAUGAACACUUUCAACGUUUGUCCUAUGAAUUGGCUUUCAGUGCUCUAAAAUAUCAAGAUGUUCUUGAAAAUAUACUAAUAGACAGUGGCAUAUACCCAAUUCAGUCAAUAUCAGAUGAAUUGACUAGUUUAGUAGUUGUGAUGUUAUAUGAUCUCCAAGAUCGGAAAUUUGAAGCGCGUUGUAAUAUUGAUGACGAUGAGCCAAUACCAGAAGUCCAAGAAGUUGAGCGUUAUUUAUGCAGUUUUAAGACAAAGCUGGCUGCUGCACUAGCAAGAUGUAGAAUCAAACAUGAUGCUCUCUCUAUCGAACACAUUCUUCCAGAAACAAUACGGCGACAGGAACAGCGGGCUUCUGUGCUGCCCUUGUAUGCAUGGGCAAACACACUUAAAGCAAGUCUGGAAGAAAUUCAUAGCUCCUUACAGAAAGAAGGAUUCACUCAAGUGGAGUCAAUCUCCAAUUUUGGUGGUUAUUCUUAUUGCCUGGAUAUGCACUGUGAGGAUGUACUUAUCUUCCCCUCGUUUCUUAAAGAACAUCUACUUACUCUGGAACUCUUUACUAACCAAAAGCUACUGUUUCAGGAUAAAUCCCGGAACCUUGCUGUACAUUCGGUGAAGGCCUUGUUAAACAUGGAUGAUGACAUCUUAGUGGCACACAUGGGUUCAUGGCUCACCGUGGCACACAUGUCAGCCCUGACAAAUCAGCAAACUUCCAAAGUAUUUGUAUGUGGUGUGAAGUCAACGGCAAAAGAAGCUGAACUCAAGGGCUUGUUUGCACAGAUGGAGUGUAAAAAUAUUGAACUAAUUCGCGAGGAUUUUGCAAACAUUGAACCCACUGAUAACAAGCUGCAGAAAGUAAAAGUAAUUUUGCUGCUUCCUCGUUGCUCAGGACUGGGUGUCAGCAACCCAAUAGAGUUUAUUCUAAAUGAACAUGAAGAUGCAGAAUUACUUCGAGAUCUCUCUCAAGGAUCAGUGGCAGAAGAUAAAUUGAAUAUGCUUGCUCAGCAACAAUUUGAAGAAUUAACACAUGCAAUGCAGUUUACCAAAGCACAAGCUGUUGUCUACUGCACUUGCUCAGUGUAUCCAGAAGAAAAUGAAGUUGUGGUGAACAAAGCACUGACAUCAGGAGCAGAAGGAACCAAAGCCCAGCCUUACAAGCUUUGUCCCCCUGUUCUUCCUUUGUGUUGCAAAUCAGAAAUAAAUUCAUCCGAAGCCAACUUUUUCAAACAAGAGCCAUCAGAUAUUUCGAAUGGCUGUUUUAUAGCUGUUCUGACUCGAGAGAGGGAUCCGUCUGAGUCGGUGUCAGUGAAAGAUGUCUUAGCUCGUGCUGCAGCAAAAGGACUCCUAGAAGGUAUUGAUUUGGCAAAACCACCCAAAAAAGAAGAGAAGAAGAAAAAGAAACAAAAGGUAACCCAGCCAAAGGCUGCCAGUAAAGAGGCAGUGAUACAGUCCAAAAUUCAGGAAUUCCUGAAUCGAGAAAUGAAGUCCACCACAGUAAGUCCAGACUCGUCAGUAUCUAAUAUAACAACCACUGUCUCUCAGACUGUGGGCCAGACAAAUGGUUCCAUAGUUCUGAAGAAAACAGCCAAACCCCACUCAAACCCAUCUCUGCCUGUGAUGGCAAAGAACAGCCUUACGUCAUCCAUGCAAAAAGCAUUUGAAAGGCAACGAAAUAUUAGGAAGUCAAAGCCAGAAGAUAGAGUCAUGAUCUUGAAGCCAGUUGAGAUUGUCUUGCCUCCAGUAAUGAUGCCGUACUUCAAUCCACAAGGAAACAAAUCUGAAAUUUCAUCUAACCACUAUUAUUACCGUUGGGUUGGAGCAAAACGUGGUAUGGUUAGCCCUUCGACAUCCAAAAAACUCAUCAAGUCAAAAGAACCCUCGUCCGCUUCUCCAGCCAAGCAUGCUCACCCAUGGCUUUGAAGGCUGCCUUUUAUACCGAAUUCUUUCAGAACUCAAAACCUGGAUUUCUGUAAUAGUAAAAAACAACAAUCCUAAAACCAAGACAAAAGCCUGCCUAUUAUCACUUAGGUGUGAAAUACUCUUCUGUAUAAGUGGUAGUGAAAACACGCAUCUCUUUUCCUGGCUGUUGUGAGGGUGGCAAUGAGGUUGUCCUACAGAGGCUUUAUUAUGUAAUUACUACAAUCUAGUUGCAGUAAACUCAGUGCCAAAAUACUUAGAUUUAAGGUUUACACUAUGGGAACUUAUUAGGUAUAAACUAAAAGGUUUAUAUAUGAAUAGCUGGUUGUUUUAGAAUACAGCAGAGAGAUAUCUUGUCUGAACGCACUUAGAUACUGAAUUAUAAGGCAACCCAAUGCAGUUGCAAUCAAAAAGAGGACUUUCAAACAAAAAGGUGGAUUAUUAGUGCUUAUUCACUAGGUAUUUCACUGAAUAUUCUUCAAAGUUUCAAAUAUAAUGCCUUUUCUUUCUUUCUAAAAUGGGUUCCAAUCUGCCGAGUGAUCUUACUUUCAGCCUCUUUCAAAUUUUCUCUUCCUAAAAAAUAGGCCUUUUUAAAGCUUGUGAAAACAGUAGCUUAAAGAAUAGACUGUUGAUGCUUUUUGUUGACAUCUUCAGAAGCGUGGACAAGAAAAAUAAUUCUGGGUUUCUUUGUAUGGCAGCGUGUAUGUCAUUCUGUUACAGCUAGACAUUGAACUUGUCUAGAUAGUCAGUAAAAAAAAUUGGAUUAUUAUGCAGCAUAGAGAAAUGGAAACAAUACCUAUUAAACAAUUACUGCUUAC